AUGCCGGACGCGAAAUACCCGCAACCAAUGCUGGAUCGAGUGGCGGCGGCGGUGCACAGCCCGCCCGCAGACGAACUACCGUGCCAAUACAAAUUCGUUGCGCUUUACAAUUCGUUCAAUAGCAUCCACGAUACUCCGGAAGAGCGCAAGAUUAUUGGCAACUACGACACAUUGGCCGAGGCGAAUGCUGCGGCCUUGGAGUUUUUCAAGAAGCAGUGCUCCGACUUCUUCGGUCAAGUCGACCGCCAAGAUAAAUUCUACGAGACGGGCACUCCGGAGGACGAAUUAAUACACAACAAUGGCGUGGAAUGGGGCAUCGACUCCCGCGGGCUCUUGACCUUGACCGCGCACGGCGGGGACGGGGAGGAGGAAUGCGUGGCUGUCCACGAUAUUCAACAAGACGAAUAA